AAAGGAGCUCUCAAGAUUAUCAUUUUUGUCACUCACCGGGUUCUCGUCCACCUCUUCUACGCUCCAUCGUAACCCUUGCCCAACGACCCUCAAAUCGCAAUGGACCAAAUGAUUCAUUUCGACGCCAUCCUAUUCCCUUCCGACGGACGUCCGCCGUCCCUUGUCCAACUCAUGACUAGUCCAAUGACGAUCUCGACUCAUCAUUCUUCCUACACCACUUCCCCGUCGCGCAUGCCCCACCCUGAAAUUCACAUGGACUACAUCGCUGAUGGUAUUGGUCCCCGGGCAUGGAAAUAUCAGCUUGUAGAAGCCCUCGAUGGCAUGAAUCGAAAGUUCGCGAACCCUUAUAUUAUUUUCUACCCCGUUGUCUCCCGGGAUGGCAUGCCAUUUCCCGUGAACAAGAACAUCAGAGAGAUACAGGGGCGAUCUUACAAGGAAGAGGUCGCUUGGCGAGGGAAUAUAGUCAUCGCCAAGUACCGCGACAACCCGUUCUCUUCCAUGAUGAACGCGUCGAUGGCCGACUUCCCCCUGCUGAAAAAUUACCUUUUGACGCACGGAUCUCCUGCCGAGCAUUGAGGUAUGUUUUUUACGUCGCUCUGCUUUUUCCGGCGGAACAUGACUUUACCACCCUGAACUAGCAAAAGUACCCUGUCCAACGAAUGCUGACCUGAUCUUCACGCCUUUUGUUUUUUGCGACGAGAGAAAAAGUUUUAUGGCUAGACUAAUCUGGGACUGUACAUGCAUAUAUAUUACAGGACAAUAUGGCAUCGAGUAGUAUUAAAUUACAGAGACAUGAAAGAGCCAACAAACUAGAGUUCUUCGUGGCUUUUCCCUUCUGUUUUCUCCUUAGGUUUUGAGACCUUUUUCCGUUCCUUCGUAUCCCUCUUAGGAUUGACGUCGUCUCGAGCCGCCUUCUUUGGAUUGCAAUGCUCAGGAAUCGGACUUGCAGGGUCAAUCGGUGGAUGCGACACCUUGCCAACCUUGAAGUAAUCUUUAUGAUUUGUAUAAAACUCUUUC